AUGGUAACAGAUAUGCAGUUAGCCAUCUUGGCCAACAUUCUGAGUGUGUUUCUCUUCUUGCUUAUCAUUCUCUAUCACUAUGUGGCUGUCACCAAUCCCAAGAAGCAGGAAUGA